AACAGUAAAGUAUACAGAUAUGUAACGAAUGGAGCAAUAUAAACGAAAUAUAGAAAUGAGAAGCAAAAGUAGAUUGCAUGAGAAAAUGUCUUCCUGAAUAUAGUAAUUUGUGCACUAGUUAGUAUAUCGAAGACGCAAGGAAACGGAACGAACUUCACGUAAGUUCGAAUGACGAUACAAGUCAGCAAGUGAUCUGAAGCGGAUUGUAUCGGUGAACAGGGGUGUGCGCCCCGGUUACUUGGAUACAAGUGUGGUUAUCAUAUUUGACAAUAAACCUUAAUUCAUACUAUAUGAAUUGGAUAUAAUACGUUAUCAGUAUGGGAGGAUUAUUGAGUUAUUUUCGAAACCUGCUUGGCAGUCGGGAAAUGCGAAUUUUAAUUCUGGGCUUGGAUGGUGCCGGAAAGACUACGAUUUUGUACAGGUUGCAGGUGGGUGAAGUGGUUACAACAAUACCUACAAUAGGAUUUAAUGUAGAACAGGUUACAUAUAAAAAUUUAAAAUUUCAAGUAUGGGAUCUUGGAGGUCAAACUAGUAUACGACCAUAUUGGAGGUGUUAUUAUUCAAACACAGAUGCAAUAAUUUAUGUUGUUGAUUCAGCAGACAAGGAUAGGAUAGGCAUAUCAAAAGAUGAAUUAAUUUAUAUGCUAAGAGAAGAAGAAUUACAAGGUGCCAUUUUAGUAGUUUUGGCAAAUAAACAAGAUAUGGCAGGGUGUUUAAGUGUCGCCGAGGUACAUCAGGCACUUGGGUUAGAUGCUCUUAAAAACAGGACGUUCCAAAUUUUCAAAACAUCUGCAACAAAAGGUGAAGGACUUGAUCAAGCAAUGGACUGGUUGUCAAAUGCGUUGCAAAGUAGAAAAUGAUUAACAUUAUUGAAAAACUUUUUUUACCUAAGCCUUACUAAGAAGACUAGUCACAUGACUGUCACUUUGAAUGACCCAUGCAAAGUUGGGCACAACAUUCUGUUUAUUUAUUAUAAUUAUAUUUUAAAUACCAUUAUGAAUUCCAUAAGAAAUCUAUACUAUAAUUUAUCAUACUUUACAUAAUGUGAAGCAAGAAAUAAAAUUAAAUUAAAAAUUUUA